GAUUCUUACUCGCGCGCUCGCACUCGGCCGAUUCACAUCGAUUUCGCUUUUAGUCGUUGUUUACCGUCGUCGCCGCGAGUUCAGCCUGGCCGUCACACUCGCCGGGUGAAUCGGCCGGAAAGGGAGAAGAGAAGAGGAGUCUGCCGCGGCGUAGGAGAGAAUUCGAUCGGAAAUUUAAUUAAUGGGGGAGUAGUUUUUUUUCAAAGAUCGAUCGUACCUAAAAAUCUACGGAAAAGAAAAAAAAUUGAAAGUGGAAAGAAAACUAGAUUUUCCUCUCCAAAGAGGAUUAUUUAGUUUUGCCGUGAGACUCAUUUGCCGUGUACACGUUUAUUUGCGGCAAAUGAGAAAUACGACAGUAACAAGAGGAAAGGAAAAUAACAGCUUGUCCAGGCGUUAAUCAUACUUCGAAUGAAGAGGAGAAAGACAAAUAUUCUUCCACUCGGCUUUUGUACAUCUAGAGAAGAUACGAAAAGAAGUCCACACGGCUACUGAAGAGUCUUUUCACUUGACGUGUGCUUUUAAUUAUAAAGAUCAUCAAGCAAGAACCGAGAGAACGCUGUCGAGGUUUUCAACAACUCGAGAAAGAAAAGAAGAUCGUCAAGUUUUGUGCUUUUAACAGUGUGGAAGUUGUCACGCAUCGAGCAAAGAGGGUAGGCAGCAAGAUAUCUUUAAAUUUCUCGACAAAUCGUGGAAGCCGGAAUAUCGAGGAAGCAAUACACAACGAAGAGUUCAGUUUCUUGCUCCCGUUCGGCAAGCGCGAAUGAAAAAGAACGGCGUACAGCAAAUCCAGAGACAAAGUCUUUGCUAUUGAAGGACAGAAAAUCCCCGCGUGCCGUUGUCCUGUGAUCGAGGAAAGUGUCACUUGGCGAGUGACAAGUGAGAUAAGUCGCGAAAAAGUUACGAAAAAGAGUUUGCGAAGCAGAGGGACCCCAAGUGAGUGUAAAAAAAUCGACGAAGGCAAGCGUGAAGGGAAGAUCGGCGAACGAGGCGGAGAUGCCAGGUAGUUUUCUGCAGUUUGAACGGAUGGAUAGACGGGAGGACGAAGGAACUUGCAGCGUCGCGUGUAGCGGCUGAAAAAGGGAUACCGGGCCAGGCGGAGCAAGAAGAGAGUUGGAGCGGACAACGUCGGAGGACAAUUCUCUUUUCGUGAGCGCGAUCAGAUAGACGCGGGAUAAGAUUAAACGGAGGGAAGGACGGGGAACAGGCCAAGGGGUCGAAAAGAGAGAGAGAGAGAGAGAAAUCUCUCCCUUGGGAAUAAAGUAUACACAGAAGAAAAAGAAGCGGCGGGAGGCAGAUGUAAGGAGCAAACGGCAAACUUUCGUCACGAAGCGAUUGAAGAAAUAGCAAUUAGAUGCAACGAGGGCGAUGAUCAGAUAAGAAUGAAGAAACUCAUGACGAACUUUGAAAUUAGCAUUCUCCCUUUCUCGUCCUUGAUCCUUCUGGGCUUGCUCGUUGCGGCGGUUUCGACAACAUCAGUCGAACUUGUCGGCGCCGAGAGGAGUCUCGGCGGCACGCCGAUGCACAGCGUGCAAAUGACGCAAAAGGGUUACAUUCAGUUUCUCAGAUGGGAAUUACCAGUGCCGGAAAUUCACGAAUUUACAUUCUGCCUCUGGGUGAAGUCGAGCGAUCUCACGUACCCUCACUCGAUCCUUUCAUACUCAAGGAACGAGCGGGAACGUUUGAUUCGAUCUUGGAUAUCGUCGCGCGGAAGGAGCAUUCACCUGGAAAUUGACGGCGCGAAGGUAUUCCGAAGGCCGGUUCGCAUCCGCGAGCACCGCUGGUAUCACAUAUGUCAAAGCUGGGAGAAUCGGGUCGGUCGUUACGCCCUAUGGCUCAACGGACAUUUGGCGUCGCAAGGUCGCUCGAAAGAGACAACCGGUCACGUGAUCCCGGAAGGCGGCGAUAUCGUCCUAGGUCAGGAAUACACAGACUUCGACAAGGGGCUCGAGGAAGGCAUCGAGGGCUCGGUAUUGGGCUUCAAUCUUCUGCUAGCCUCGGCGUUCAAUUCCCUCGACAGUAGCCUUCAUCAAAGGCCUUCGUUUUGGUCGGCCGAUGAAGCCAACGAUCCGGCCGAGAUUCCCCUCGCUACGGAAACCCGGAUGAGAAUAGCGAGACGCGAUACGGAUCUCGGUACAACGCAUGCUCUCGACAGGCUCGUUUCGACUUUAUUCUCGCUCAGCCCUAAUUGGUCUCGCAGAAUUUCUGAAACGGACGAUGCGAAAGUGAUUGCGGAGGAUUCCGCGACCUCGCCGCCGGCGCCAAGUAUCGCUAACGACACGCGGAAGGAAGAGCAGACACCGGCGAUUCGCAGGCACGCGAUCACAUUCGGUACCGACGACUGGACCGGAGAAAUCGAUCCGCUUGAAAGAUCGUCGGACGUCCCCUUAGGUUUGCAAUUAGUGAAAUUGUCCUACGUUCGUUGCCAACUAGGCAGGGGUAGCCCGCCCAUAGGCGGUCCACUGAUGUUGAUUUCCUGGAGCAGGACGCCCGUGAGGGUGUUCGGUGGCGCCAUUAUAAAGAACGUCGGCAACCAGUGUGGCAAAUUCUGAGAGAACUUCCCUCGAGCUAUUAAAGUGAGAAGUGUGCAAUUGAAGAUUGCGGAGAAUGAACACGCCGAGUCAUGAGACACGAAAUUCUUAGAAAAUCAAGAAUUGCUCUUGUUAAGUCAAAAUUAUUAAGCUUGAAAUUUAUCUUUUUAAAUUUCUGAAUAAAGGAAGUUUAUCCAGCUUUUAUAAAGAAAUUCAUAAUAUUAGAAAUUCACAGUAUUAAUAACAAUAAUAUGUAUUUUGAAUAUGAUUCGAUGCAAAUCUUUUAGUAAAUAUAAUUUUGGAUUGUAUAUAACAAAUAUAAUAAAGCACAUUCCACUCAUGUCUUCAACUGCAUCUGCUCCAGAAGAGUCAAUUUCGGACUCUUUAUUCCGUAAAAUACUGAUUGCCAUUACGCUUGUUGGGAAGACGUUCUUCUCUUUCUUUAGCGAGCAUUUUACUCAAAAUCUUCUAUUGUUCGCACUAUUCGACCAGUGCCAUCGUAACAAGCUUAAGACAAUCACUAAUAGGUAUUAAGCGUAAGCAGAUUUAAUAAUGUUGGCUCCAUUAAUGCAUUUGUGGAUAAAACUAAUUUUCACCGGCGAUAUUCAACUAUCGCGUAACCCGCGUGAUUGCGCGAGUUCCAGCCCGCACGUUUAUGGUCGCAUGCGAGUCUUCCGAGUAGAACCUCUCCUACCCGCAAAUCGACGAUCCCGUCUCGCGUAUCGAUCCACGUCGCGCGUUAAUUAGUUUCGCAGAAUUCCCUCGAACGCAAUCGCGACCGCGGAGAAGGGAAGGAGAAAUAUCCCGCGAAAACCGCGACUCCGGCUUGGCGAAAUUGUCGAACGUCAAGGGCGUAGCUAGUUACUGUACAUGGUAAGAGCAAGCGAGUCCUAAGAGGAUUCGCAAAGCUCGCUGGCUUUUCUUCCUUCGAGUAAAAGAAGAAGAUAGUUGGAUGGACUAAGUGCAUUUAUAAGAGAGCGCUUAAAAAUUAUCUUAAUAGUUGUAGGAGCAGUAAAAUUUGCAUAAAAUUUCCAUUGUGACUUAUCUCAGCAUUAAAGUAUCUUGGUAGUUAGUAUAAAACAUUAACAUUGCACUAUAUCAAUUAAACCUAACUUUUUUAUAUUAUAAGGAACUGUGCUACAUCAGUUUAUUUUUCAUUUUUGCAUCUUAUAUUAAUGUAUUGUAUACAUUACGAUAUAACAAAGGUGCUCAAAAUCUUUGCGAUUGUGUUCUGAACACUUGUGUUUAAGAGAGCUCCAUUUUUUAUUUUAUUAUGAAUCUUUUAUUCAUAUAUAUUACAACAUAGGUAUGCAAUAUAUUAAUAUAAAAUGCAAAUUAUAUAUUAAUUUUACGUUUUAUUAAUAAUUGCGAGCGUCUCAUAUUUAAAUAGCAAUCUCUUGCUGUCACAUUCACUUAAUUCGUGCAUAUAAAUAAAACAUAGAUUUAUAAAAAUAAAAAAAAAUCGUUCAAAUACACGAGUGUUUAGAGCAAUCGCAAAAAAGAAUUUGAGCACCUUUGAACAUCUUGCCGAGUCUACGGACGAGCUCGACACGAACGUUCAACGAAUUCUAGCUACGCCACUGCCCGUUCGUUGUCUCUUUGUAAGCAGAGUUUCGACACUGACGUUUCACGGAUGCGGAUUUUCCGUUGACGUUGAUAACGCCGGCGAACGAGCGUGGCGGUGGUGUCUGAGGAUCCGGCCGUAAAAGCGCUUUUCCUCCGGGCGAGCCGCGCGCCGCGUGUUGAAAUUCCGUUUACGUCUCGCAAUCCGGAUCGCCGCCGGCGAAUAAAACGUGCUGUCGAAUAACCGGCGUUACCCUCGUAGCGACACUGGGAUGGGCGCGGAAUCUGGGAUAUGCUUUUUUUUGUACAUACUAGGACGAUAGUGACGAAAAUUGGGACAUUCGCGUCGAAUACACGGAAAGAGAAUGAUGAAUGCUGUUGUAUUAACACAACAACAUAAGCGAACAGCGAUCUAAUUGAAAAUAAUUUUGUUCAUUUAGUAAUAAUAUUAAUGAAACGAAUAACAUUUUGUUAAAACCAAAUGUAUAACGUAUUUGUUUCAAAUAAUAUUGACAUUGAAUUAACAAGUUUGUUUUCAAUUAGAUGCUGUCGGUUACUGCUGCUAUUUCAACAUUAUUUUUUUUCCGUCUACAGUGAGAACACGGUGUGUGAAUGUGUGUAACAUGUGCAUCUAACUGAAACAAUUUUGUUACAGGAAUAAAAGUGUCUAGUAAAAGAUUACAAGCCGCGUAAUGUUCGCGUAAUAUUCUGCCGAAAGUAGUCGAAGAUUUUCCUGUUAAGCCUCAGAAGAAGCUACUUAAUUGAAGCUAAUAUACUUCGAAAAAUAUUCCUCCCAGCUCUCUUUUUCUAUUUACUUUCUAAGUUACGUGUCUAUCCUCAAAAUGUGACGCGCACAUUUUUAUGAAGGACAAGUUACCGCUGCGAGAUCGCGCGUGCGUACCUAAUUAGAAAUUACUAAUUAGUCUAAUUACGCUACCAGUCACCAUUGUGUCAUACCGUCGUAGGUAUACGUAAAUUACAAAGCGUACAAUGCCAAAUAGCUCGGUAACGGGAUUGCAUAAAUAGCAUUACAUCAACUGCGCGCGAUCUUACUAUGCGUUUUCUUUCCCGCGUGCCGUGCUUUAUUUGGCGAACCUGAAGCGUCCGUUCGCAGAUAGCCGCUCAUUUGUGCACAGCCUCUUUCGCAAAAGUCUACCUUCGCGAGCCAUUUAAAGAGCGCAUUACGUUUCGCGACGCGUGCGUCGGAAUCAGAUGGAAAAAAGGGGAGCGUACACAUUGUCUUCUUGAUACUUUCGCUACGUGAGACAAUGCGGUCCCGAGCAUGCAUGCCUCUGCUACUUUCAUAUCUGCGAAUUUUAUCCGUGUAUAACGAUAUUAGACGCUGAAGGUAGCAGGUAUUAAUGGUCGAGGGUGCCGGAGUAUAAUCAAGGCGGUGCAAAAAAACCGAGAAAGAAAUCCCUUCAUUCACGGUUGAUCCUCAAAGGAAAAGGGAGAAGAAAGGAGAUAAAAGAAAGCUUAGAAAUAAAGAACGCAGAACGCUUCUAAAAGUUAAAUAAUGGAAAUAAUUCUAAACCUUAUAAGAUCCUAAAUAUUCAAAUUAAUAGAACAUAAUGUGAUGUAUAUACGUAAAAGAGAAUUAUAUAUCUGAUUUUAUGUGUACAAGCGAGGAAAAACUUUUGUAUUGAUUGAGGAAUAAAAAUUUUGUGACGCGUAA